UUCUCCUCCCCCAGAAUGCACCGCGCUAGGCAGCCUUUGAAAAAGCGGCGCGGCUCGUUCAAGAUGGCGGAGCUCGAUCAGCUGCCUGAUGAGAGUUCUUCAGCGAAAGCACUUGUGAGCUUGAAAGAGGGAAGUUUAUCCAGUUCAUGGAAUGAAAAGUAUAAUUCUCUGCAGAAAACACCCAUUUGGAAAAGCAAGAAUGCUGGUUCUUCAGUGGAAAUGCCCUUCAGAAAUUCAAAACGGAGUCGACUCUACUCUGAAGAAGAUGACAGACAAAUAAACACAAGGUCACCCAAAAGAAAUCAGAAGGUUGCGAUGGUUCCACAGAAGUUUAAUACAACAAUGCCAACACCAGACAAGAAAGUAUCACAAAAGAUUGGUUUACGGCUUCGUAACCUGCUGAAACUUCCCAAAGCUCACAAGUGGUGCAUAUAUGAAUGGUUCUAUUCGAAUAUAGAUAAACCACUAUUUGAAGGAGAUAAUGACUUCUGUAUAUGUCUGAAGGAAUCUUUUCCAAAUCUGAAAACAAGAAAAUUGACAAGAGUAGAGUGGGGGAAAAUCAGACGAUUAAUGGGAAAACCACGGAGAUGUUCCUCUGCGUUCUUUGAGGAAGAGAGAUCAGCAUUAAAACAGAAACGGCAGAAAAUAAGACUUCUGCAACAGCGGAAAGUUGCAGAUAUUUCACAGUUCAAAGAUCUUCCAGAAGAAAUUCCAUUACCUCUUGUAAUAGGAACAAAAGUUACAGCACGUUUGCGAGGUGUCCAUGAUGGGCUGUUUACUGGACAAAUAGACGCUGUAGAUACUCUUAAUGCUACAUACAGGGUGACUUUUGACAGGGCAGGUCUUGGAACACACACAGUCCCAGAUUAUGAAGUUCUUAGUAAUGAGCCUCAUGAAACCAUGCCAAUUGCUGCCUUUGGGCAGAAACAACGCCCUUCAAGGUUCCUUAUGACCCCUCCCCGAUUACAAUAUACAUCUUCACUCCAGUCUCCACUUACAGACAGUGAUCCUUUAUUAGGACAAUCUUCCUGGAAAAACAAAAUUUCAGGCACAGAUAGUGAAACACUAGGAGGCUUUCCCGUAGAAUUCCUCAUUCAAGUGACCAGGUUAUCAAAAAUCCUUAUGAUCAAGAAGGAACACAUCAAACAAUUGAGAGAGAUGAAUACAGAAGCAGAAAAGCUGAAAUCCUAUUCUAUGCCAAUAGGCAUUGAUUUUCAGAGGAGAUAUGCAACUAUUGUUCUAGAUCUGGAACAACUAAACAAAGACUUAAAUAAAGUUUUGCAUAAAGUUCAACAGUACUGUUAUGAGCUUGCUCCUGACCAAGGCCUCCAGCCUGCAGACCAACCAACAGAUCUGAGGCGUAGGUGUGAAGAGGAGGCUCAAGAGAUUGUCAGGCAAGCAAAUUCCUCAACAGCAGGACAGCUUUGUGUUGAAAGUGAAAAUUUAACUGAUCUUAUCUCUAGACUUACAGCAAUAUUACUGCAGAUUAAGUGUCUAGCAGAAGGAGGUGACCUGAAUUCCUUUGAAUUUAAAUCACUAACAGAUUCAUUAAAUGACAUUAAGAAUUCAAUAGACACUUCAAAUAUCAGUUGUUUUCAGAAUAACGUUGAGAUCCAUGUUGCACAUAUUCAGAGUGGUCUGAGCCAGAUGGGAAAUUUACACGCUUUUGCAGCUAAUAACACCAACAGAGACUGAAUUUUUCUUUCAAGUGUACAGCAAGUUGUUCUGGAAAAUCCUCUUCCUUUAUAUAGGCUUCACCAAAUAUCCUAACUGCCAGAAGAUAAGGCAAAAGAAAACUUGGAAAGGACCCUAUGAAGUAUAUCCUAUCUGCUUCUUAAGAAAACCAGCAUUACUGGCCAGCAUUACAUUAGAUUUCUCCAUUUGUUAUUCACAUAUGGUAGUUUUACUAACUGGUAAUAUCUUAGUAAUUGCAUUUAUUAUAAUAAAGUUGGAAACAUACUUCCAUAUAAUUUGAACUUAAUUUUUAAAAAUUCAGAUGAAUUCUGUAGACCUCUUGCUGUUGGCUCAAAUUAGUAGCCACAUGGCAAGUCUUUGUUACAUAAAGCUACUCUUCUUUGUAGGUAUUGAGAGUUGCUCUUUCAGCCUUCAGAUAGCCUGGUGACAGUGUGGGCUGAGUGUUCCUGAUUUGAAGGAGCAGCAGCAGGAUAUGAAUCGUGGACAGAAGCUGUAGACUUGUUGUUGGGCAGGUCUGUUAUCAGUCAGUGUCUUGUUGGAACUUGUAAUUUAUAAUUUAUAGGAGUCUGAUGAAGGAAAAUUAAAAUGUGCUUUUCAGGAAGAGAUUGGUUAUGACUUUUUGUUCCCUCCCCAUGGGACAAAAAUGCUUUACUUGGUGUUUUAUAUAAACAACUGGUUAAACUUACUGUUUUUCCAAAUUUUUUGUUUUGCACAACUUUUAGAUUAGAUUACUGGUUAUCCAACAAUACUCAACAUAUAUACAUGUGAAGAUUUUUAUAAUUAAAGAUGACCAGUGAGCUAAAUUGCAAAAAUAAAAAGUGACAACCUGCCUAUGAGUAUCUUUUGGAAUGUUAAUCUUGUAUAAAGUGUGUAUUGGUUUGUUUAAAUAGUCUUGUAAAGCUUCUGUGUAAUGAAUUACUUCCAAAAAUUAAUUUUCAGAGAUAGCUGUAGAGAUGUUUUUGAUUCUUUUAGAUGCCUCAUUAAAUGAGGUCUUUUAUAUGUUAAUGUAUAAAGAAUAUGUAAACAGGAUUAUUUUCAAUU